UACAUAAUAAGUGUUUUGACAUUGAAUGUUAUAGGCUGUUUAAGAGUGCAAAGGGUGCUGUAGUAACAUUACACAAAGAUGUUUUCCAUCAAUAAUGUACAAAACAAUUUGGCCUAGUUCAUCUGAUAAAUGUUGCUCAAUUAAUAUUGAAAGAGGAUGGGAGUUAUUCAUAUUCCUUUGAAUCCAGAACUCGGCUGCAGAUUUAUGAGAACUCUAAGUUUUAUCAGUGCAGCUCUGUUACUGAUUCAUGAAGCCAAAGCCAGAUUAUUCUGUGAAAAAUGAGACGUUUCCACGCCGACAAUUUUUUGUUCUGAGUUUUCCUCUCAAAACUGCUUUGACCUUGCAGUUAAUGAUUUGUUUUGCUUGAAGUUCUAUCUGGAUUAAACAAGGACCUUGACUUUUCCAAACAGCUUACGAAUGGAACAUUUGGCUUAGGAUACUACCGUUAGCAAGGAACCAUGAUCAAGAGAUGCCUGUUCAAAGACAACAACACUAAAAAAAGAGCAGAUGGCAAGAUGAAUAACAGUGACAGACAUCAAGAAAAUGGCUGCCACUUCUCAGUAGUAAUUCAGUAGCCUGCUGAUGUCAGUAGCCAUUCUGUGGCCUAAAGCUGUUCUGUUUUAAACAGAUAAAUGUACGUGUCACGACAAUGGAUGCAGAGCUGGAGUUUGCCAUCCAGCCUAGCACUACAGGCAAACAACUCUUUGACCAAAUUGUCAAGACAAUUGGGUUGAGAGAGAUCUGGUUCUUCGGGCUCCAGUAUCAAGACAGCAAGGGAUUCUCGACAUGGCUCAAGCUCAAUAAGCGGGUUACAGCCCAGGACGUCAGGAAAGAGAACCCACUUCUGAUCAAGUUCCGGGCCAAGUUCUACCCUGAGGACGUAGCCGAAGAGCUCAUACAGGAGGCCACACAGCGGCAGUUCUUCCUCCAGGUGAAAGAGGGCAUCCUCAACGAUGACAUCUACUGCCCCCCGGAGACCGCUGUACUGCUGGCCUCCUAUGCUGUGCAGACCAAAUACGCAGACUACAACAAGGACUACCACAUCCCUGGCUACCUAUGCAGGGACAAGCUGCUCCCUCAGAGAGUGCUGGAACAGCACAAACUGACCAAGGAACAGUGGGAGGAACGUAUCAUGGUCUGGCACAGACAGCAUAAGGGCGUGCUGAGGGAGGACGCCAUGGUGGAAUACCUGAAGAUUGCCCAGGACCUGGAGAUGUAUGGGGUGAAUUACUUCAGUAUUAAGAACAAGAAGGGCUCUGAGCUUUGGCUGGGAGUUGAUGCCUUGGGACUCAACAUUUACGAGCGUUCAGACAAGCUGACGCCCAAAAUUGGAUUCCCAUGGAGCGAGAUAAGGAACAUUUCCUUCAACGACAAGAAGUUUGUCAUAAAGCCAAUUGACAAAAAAUCUCCAGACUUUGUGUUCUACGCUCCCCGACUGCGCAUCAACAAGCGCAUCCUGGCGCUGUGCAUGGGCAACCACGACCUGUACAUGCGCAGACGCAAACCCGACACCAUCGAGGUGCAGCAGAUGAAGGCUCAGGCCAGGGAGGAGAAGACCAAGAGACAACAGGAGAGAGCCCUUUUGGAGAACGAGAAGAAGAAGAGAGAGAAUGCAGAGAAGGAGACGGAGAAGAUCGCCCGGGAGACCAUGGAGCUGAUGGAGAGACUGAGACAGAUCGAGGAACAAACGAAAAAAGCCCAGGAGGAGCUGGAGGAGCAGACCAAGCGAGCCCUGGAGCUGGAGAAGGAGCGUAAGUUCGCCCAGGAGGAGGCCGAGCGUCUGGACAAGGACCGGCGUCUGGCAGAGGAGGCCAAGACUGCACUGCUGCAGCAGUCCGAGAGCCAGCUCAAGAACCAGGAGAACCUGGCCACAGAGCUCGCUGCACUCACUUCAAAGAUCUCCCUCCUCGAGGACGCCAAGAAGAAGAAGGAGGAUGAGGCCCGCAAGUGGCAGAAAAGGGCUUAUCUGUUUGAGAGUGACCUGGAGAGGAUGAAAGAGAAGUUGAAGAGUAAGCUAAUGGGCGUCCACAUCCAGGAGCUGCACCAGGCGGAGAACGACCAUGAGGAGAACGACGAGAGCAGCGCCGAGGCCAGCGCCGAGCUGACCGCCACCGGGACGUGCCGCGACCGCAGCGAAGAGGAGCGCAUGACCGAGGCCCGCAAGAACGAGCGUCUCCAGAAACGCCUGCUGGCGCUAAGCUCCGAGCUGGCCGACGCUCGUGACGAGAGCAAGAAGACCCCGAAUGACCUGAUCCACGACGAGAACGUGAAGGCGGGCAGAGACAAAUACAAGACCCUGCGUCAGAUUCGGCAAGGCAACACAAAGCAGCGCAUCGACGAGUUUGAGUCCAUGUAAUGGCACUGUGAGAGUCGAUUGCAUUGCGACUAUGACCGUGUAUGAUGUAG